AGCGGCUAGAUCGGAUAGGGCCAUUGCAAGGCAGCCAUUGCUGUGUGUCGUGGCUGUGUUAGUGAUACACCAAGGCAGGGAAGAAGACGUUUACUACGGCCAUUCGAAUUAACUGGACUUCCAAGUGUAACAGUAGUCUGUGCAUCUACAUAUAGAUACAAGGAUUAACACGAUCUGGAUAUGUCCUUCAUAUUUGAUUGGAUUUAUAGUGGUUUUAGUAAUGUACUGCAGUUUCUUGGACUGUACAAAAAAUCAGGUAAAUUAGUAUUUCUUGGUCUGGACAAUGCUGGCAAGACCACACUACUGCAUAUGCUUAAAGAUGAUCGACUGGGGCAACAUGUGCCAACCUUACAUCCAACUUCAGAAGAGCUGACUAUUGCUGGUAUGACCUUUACCACCUUUGACCUUGGUGGCCAUGCACAGGCCCGAAGAGUGUGGAAAAACUACCUCCCUGCAAUCAACGGCAUUGUCUUUCUCAUUGAUUGUGUAGACUACCCGAGACUGGCUGAAUCCAAAACAGAACUUGAUGCACUAAUGACGGAUGAAACUAUUGGAAACGUGCCUAUCUUGAUUCUUGGUAACAAGAUUGAUAAGCCAGAGGCCAUAAGUGAGGAGAAACUUCGUGAACUGUUUGGAUUGUAUGGACAGACAACUGGCAAGGGUAAUAUUCCCCUUAAAGAACUGAAUACCAGACCACUGGAAGUGUUCAUGUGCAGCGUGCUAAAGAGAGAGGGAUAUGGGGAGGGUUUCCGCUGGCUUUCACAAUACAUUGACUAGAGGUCCGACCACAAGGAGGUGCACCAGGAACUGCGUAAACAAAUUCAAACUCAUGUUCAGUUCUUGUUCAGCCUGCCAUCACUCUCCAAAAGAAAAACGGCGGUAAUCACUCAGUACAACUCAAUUUAAACAAACUUUUAUAGGGUAAGACAUUUAAUUCAACCAUUUUUUUUCUUAAAGCUUUUGUAAGGGAAUGGAAUAUCAAUGUCUCCGUUUUCAAGCCAAAUAGACGACACUUUUCAUUUAUUUCUGUUUUUCUUUUGACUUUUUUUAUGCACGUGUGAAAUCUGUAUGAUGUGGUAUAAAAGCAAACGAUUCUGCUGGUAUUGGCAACCCCAGUUUAUGUUUAAGAAUGUGUUUGAGAUGUUUAGAAAUAUGUUUGCAGCCCUUGUUAAGUUGAUUGUUUUUAAUAGGAUACAUGGUUGGGAUUUUUGUGGGAAUCCUUACUUUUGAGCAUUGCAGUCAUUUUGAAUGGUGUGCCGGUCUUAUUUAACAAAACAAUGAAUAUUAACAAAAAAUUAAAUGAUCUCUCAAACGGC